AAACGAACUCAGCUUGCAGGGAUCCCCCACCGCUGUAAAACCGAAACUCAGUAAAACCCUAAAAAAAAAAAAACGAAACAAUGGAGCAAAUCCAGCAUAACUUCAUCACUGUAAGAGGUCUAAAAUUUCAUGUUGCUGAACUGGGGACAGGUUCUACCGUGGUGCUGUUCUUACACGGAUUCCCGGAGAUAUGGUACUCAUGGCGACACCAGAUGUUAGCUAUGGCCAGUGCUGGGUUCCGUGCCAUUGCACCCGAUUACAGAGGCUACGGACUAUCCGACAUACCACCCGAACCCGAAAAGACCACCUUUGCUGACAUCGAUGCCGACCUCGUUGCUAUCUUAGAUCACCUUGGAGUUGAUAAGGUUUUUCUUGUUGCGAAGGAUUUUGGAGCCAGGCCUGCUUACCUGUUUGCUCUUUUCCAUCCUCAUAGAGUCUCUGGUGUUAUAACAAUGGGAGUCCCACAUGUUCUCCCGGCACCUCCUAAGUACGAACAGCCCCUCCCAGAAGGCUUCUACAUGUCAAGAUGGAAGGAACCUGGUCGGGCGGAGGCUGACUUUGGACGAUUUGAUGCUAAAACAGUUGUGAGGAACAUCUACAUACUCUUCUCCAGAAGUGAAAUACCAAUAGCAGCAGAAAACCAGGAGGUCAUGGAUUUGGUGGAUGCUUCUACUCCUCUUCCACCUUGGUUCACGGAGGAAGAUCUUGCAACAUAUGGAGCUUUAUACGAGAAAUCUGGAUUUAAGACUGCAUUGAAAGUUCCAUAUAGGUCAUUUGAUGAAGAAUUUGGCAUAACAGAUCCAAUAGUUAAAGUUCCAGCAUUACUGAUUAUGGGUUGCAAGGAUUAUGUCUUCAAGUUUCCAGGCAUGGAGGAAUACAUAAAGCUUGGAAAGGCAAAAGAACUUGUACCUGAUUUGGAUAUAAUAUAUUUGCCUGAAGGAACCCACUUUGUUCAGGAGCAGUCACUUGAGCUUGUGAAUGAGUUAAUCCUUGACUUCCUCAAGAGCCAUAUUUGACAGUGUCCUUCUGUGAACUGUCUCUAAUACUUGGCUGGUGUUUGUAUGAGUCUUUAAAUACCGUAUGAAUAAGAAACACAGUUGUUGUAAUGUAAUUCAGUGACAUCCUCUUUAAGUCGAAUGUAUGGUUUCGAAUACUGGAAUUAGGGAUGAUAACGGUUCGAUUUGAAGCGGAUUUAAUUUGAUUUUUUUGGAUAUUAUAUAAUAUUA